AUGGCCGCCGAGCCAGGAGAUACGUUGACCUUGAGCCUACCGCCCGGUGCUGUGCUGAAGCAGAGGAUGAAAGUGGAGGAGCCAGACCCAGCCGAAGUGGGGAAAGGCUCUCGUGCCAUGCAGGAUGGGAGUAUGAGGGAAUUCUGGGAGAGAAACGUGUCGGGCCACGUCAAGCAGGAGCCACAGAAAGGACCGCAGCAGCCAUGGGAGGCCCAGCUGCAGGAGUUCCUCAGAGCGAUGGAGUCUUCCCACUCUGACGGGAGAGACCAGCACCAGCGGACGUUGGCGUUGCGGGACGAGGCCCAAGCUGGCCUGUCUCCAGGUGGCGCCAGGCCACGCCAAGUCCCUUUCCCGCCACAUCCCAGGAGAGAAGCCAACAACCUGCUGGCCAAAGAGGAAAGAGAGAGUGGGAAAGUGAAGGAAGAGGAGAUUGGUCCUGACGCACCGCGGCAACACUUCCGGCAGUUCGCCUACCAGGAGGGGCCUCGAGAGACUUGCACCCGGCUCCGGGAGCUUUGCCACCGGUGGCUGAAGCCGGAGAGGCACAGCAAGGAGCAGAUCCUGGAGCUGGUGAUCCUGGAGCAGUUCCUGGCCGUCCUGCCCCCGGAGAUGCAGAGCUGGGUCAAGGAAUGUCGCCCGGAGACCUGCGCCCAAGUCAUUGCCCUGGCAGAGGAGUUCCUACUGAGGCAGCAGGAGGACGAGAGACUCGGAGGGAAGGUGAGAGGCUUUAGUGUAAUAAAUGGCUCAUACCAAGUCAGACCCAGGUCAGUAUUGUCUACACAGACUGGCAGGGGCUCUGCAGGAUUUUCAGGCAGAGGACAUUCCCAUCUGCUGCAUGCAACACAGAUGCUCUGAGCUACAGCCCUAAUAUGGUUCGUUCCAGUGGCUUUGUACCGAACCAUCCGCUCUAUGCAUUUAAAGUCCUGUUGUGCCACUUGUUGUUUUUUUCGCAAAAAAAAAUAUUAAUUUUAUAACACAAAUAAAAAACACAAACAGAAGAGACAAACAAUACAAACAAAUUCUUGUCAUAUCCUUAUUUUCUAAACAUUGUUAUGUUGGCUUCCCCAAGUCCCACCUAUCUGAUUUUACUUCAUCUUUAGCAGUUUACAUAUAUCAUAAUUUCUAACCAUCUUCCCCCCCCCACCACAAACUUACUUUAACCAUAAAAAACUUCACAUUUUAUCACUUAUAAAAUACACUAUCUUCUACUUCUAAACCUAAUGCCUAUAUCCACUUCCAAAGCUAUUCUAAGAUUUAAAUAUUAACAUAUUUUUUCAAAUAUUCCUUAAACUUCUUCCAAUCUUCUUCCACCGUCUCUUCUCUCUGGUCUCGGAGUCUCCCGGUCAGUUCGGCAAGUUCCAUCUAGUCCCUCAUCUUCAUCUGCCGUUCUUCGGUAAAUCUUGUCUGUUGUGCCACUUUAAACAGUCAUGGCUUUCCCCCCAAAUUCCUGGGAACUGUAGUUUAUUUAGAGUGCUGAACGUUGUUAGGAGACUGCCUGCACAGAGCUGCAAUUUCCAGAGUGGUGUAGCAGCCGGUCCCAGUGAACUCUCUAUCGAUUCAGAGAGUGAACUCAACUGCAGAAAGGGCUACUUGUGGGCCACACUACUUGUGUAACUUUUAGGGGGAACUAGCCAGGAUUUCAUUUCAUUUUCAUUUUUAAUUUGUAUACCGCCUUUCUAUAUUACUAUACACAAGGCAGCUUCCAAGCUGAAGAAACAACAAAAUAGACCGCAAAGAACACACACAUAAUAACAAGCUGAUCCAACACAAAAAGUCACAGUAACUUUAAAAUAAACAAUUUGUAUCAAAUAUUCAAUAACUGAUUAGAAUAUAAAAGUAAAAAUAAAUACCAGCAAAUAAUAAUUAAACAGUUUACACUGUUUAGAGCAGGGGUCAGCAAACUUUUUCAGCAGGGGGCCAAUCCACUGUCCCUCAGACCUUGGGGGCCGGACUAUAUUUUGAAAAGAAAAAAAAAAUAACGAAUUCCUACGCCCCACAAAUAACCCAGAGAUGCAUUUUAAAUAAAAGCACACAUUCUACUCAUGUAAAAGCACGCUGAUUCCCGGACCAUCUGCGGGCCGGAUUUAGAAGGCAAUUGGGCCGGAUCCGGCCCCUGGGCCUUAGUUUGCCUACCCAUGAAUUACAGUAAAGAAUUACUGUAAUCACUAAAAAUAACAGCAAGUCACAAUGCAUAAAAUUUCACAAAACAUACAAAACUAUGUAAAAGAAUCAAAUUUAUCGGCUACUUGAUUUAUCAGCUACUUUUAAAAUGAGGCUGCAUUUUAAAUUGCAUUUUAACCUGUACUUUAAAUUGUGUCUUUCCCCCCUAUCAUGUUUUUUACUGUGAUUUUAUUGGUGUUAGCCGCCCUGAGCCCGGCUCUGGCCGGGGAGGGUGGGGUAUAAAUAAAAUUUAUUAUUAUUAUUAUUGAAAAACAAGGAUUCCCGUUGGAUAGAGGGCAGGGGUGGUUGUCGACAGAAACAUGGCACCCGCUUUUCAUUUGGAGGAAAAGCGAGCUGUCGGUCGUCCAAUCUGGAACGCAGAUGUGAUCGGAGGGCCUGCGGCCACUUUCCCCCCGAAAUAAAAGUAGGUCGGUUAAGCAGGCUAGUUUUCAACACAAUGUGUAGCUUGGCCCUGCAAGAAGAGGAUGGGCAGGUAUUUUUAGAUCUUAACACGACAUUCUGAGUGCUUUUAUUUAUUUAUUUAAGUGAGACCCUCGCUGUUUCUGUCUUAUGUGCUGUUCAAGGAGGCGGUACGGGCCUUCCCUGAGGCGGAACGGGCUCCACCAGAUACCUGGCCCAGGCCUCACUUCAGGAAGAUCAAGCAAGAGGCCGACAGAGAUGCCACCUUGCUUGGUAAGGCUUUUGUUUUUAUUUUGUUGUCUUCUUUUUAAAAAAAUUUGGUGCUCUGAAAUCGCAAAAGGGAAUGUUGAAGCUGCAGCGGCUCGCUGGGAGAAUGGGUGGCGAACCCAGAUACAGUUGUAUCCUGGUUCUCGAAUUUAAUCCAUUCCAGGAGUCCGUUUGACUCCCAAAACAGUUCAAAAACCAAGGCACAGCUUCCAACUGGCUGCAGGAGCUUCCUGCAGCCAAACGGAAGCUGCGGAAGCCACGUCGGAUGUUCAGCUUCCCAAAAGCAUUCGCAAACCAGAACACUCACUUCCGGGUUUUUGAACGUUCGGGAGCCGAUUUGUUCAACAACUAAAGCGUUUGACUACCAAGGUACCACUGUAUUCUGAUUAGGCCCUCUCAGAGGUUCAGAGAAGCCCGGCCUCCUUCCAGCUUUUGAGGCCGCUAGCCAUAAAAAUAAAAACCACAUGUCUCACACACGUGAUCCAGCACCAGCUACAAGUAGUUGUCUAUAUAAUCAGCUAAUCUGAGAGGACAUGUUCAUCCUGGUCUAAUUUUGUGCCAUCAGGGCCCAUAUAUUUUUAAUAGUAUUUAUGAACAUUUUUGACUCCUUAAAAUAACAAAAUCUAUAUCAGCUAACAUUUUUUUGGAAACUAAAUGACAUCUCUUACUUACUUAAAUGUGCAGCUCUGAGCUGAGAGUGUGUGUCAAAGGACAAGUUGCAAAACUUAUUAAAGACCCCCAAAUUUAGGUACCACUUUGAAAUCCUGUUUCAAAUACCGUUUUGUGCACUGAGCUGACGAACUUUGCCUGUGCUAGCUAUGUUGUUGGUUAACUUUCAUAUUUACAAGUAUAAAAUCUUUAUCACACACACACAAAAAACCCCUCCAGUGAAGGUGAGUUCAACAUCUCCUGAGACAUUAGUAGGAUCUGCAUAUGGCAUUAGGGGGAAGGAGAGGAGCAACCCUGAAAAUCUGAUCUACCUUCCUGUGGUUUUUAACAAAUCUUUUUUUCCCCCGCUUCUAAAAAUACAUAAAACGAACAAACCCCACAUACCCACAACCCUGUCAGAAACAGUUCAUGCAAUAUAAAUAAUAAACAUUAAGUUUGUCAAUCAUUUCGAAAUAAUUACAUCAGUCUUCUGCUCUCCAUCUUAACAGAUUGUCCCAAAGUGAGUCAUGGGCAGCUGGCGGUGAGAAGAUAACUUUGUCUUUUCCAGAUUAAUAAUAAUUUAUUACUUAUACCCUGCCCAUCUGGCCGGGCCUCCCUAGCCACACUGGGCAGCUUCCAACAUAAUAUCAAAAACACAAUAAAACAUUAAAAACUUCCCUAAACAGGGCUGCCUUCAGAUGUCUUCUAAAAGUCAGAUAGUUGUUUAUUUCCUUGACGUCUGGUGGGAGGGUGUUCCACAGGGCGAGCGUCACCAUUCACUUCCUUCCUGUCUUGAGCCUGAUUUUUGCCCACUUUCUCUUUUAGCAGAGGAUAAUAACACCUGGAUUAUUUCCCCCACUCUAGCAUGUUCUGUGGGGACACGUCGGAAGGAGAGGAAUCACCCGGGCAACGCUGAGGAACUGAAGCCGUUUGUAGCGUUGUCAAGGGAAGACGAGCAAAACAUCGUCAGUCCAGCAGAGGACUCUGAGAGCCUGCAAGGAAACAAACCAGAAGCACAAGGCGGGAAAUUCAUUAAUUCUCAGGGUGGGUACGAGGACCUGGACGACAGCAUCGCGCCACAGCCAGCCGCCCUGAAAGGUGAGCAGGAAAACGCAGGGGUUCAGUUGGGGCAAGUUCUCAGGCUGAGGUCCGAUCUCAUAGUGCACGAGAGGACACUGACGGGUGAGUCCCAGUACAAAUGUUCAGUUUGCUGGAAAACCUUUUGCCGCAGGAACGUCCUCAUCACUCAUCAGAGAAUCCACACCGGGGAGAAGCCGUACAAAUGCUUGGACUGCGGGAAAAGCUUCAGCCAGCGGUCGCACUUGAUCUUGCACGAGAGGACUCACACCGGCGAGAAGCCCUACAAGUGCUCGGACUGCGGGAAAAGCUUCAGCCAGAGGCCCCACCUGGUCAAGCACGAGAGGAUCCACACCGGCGAGAAGCCCUACAAGUGCCCCUACUGCGGGAAGAGCUUCAGCGACCGCUCCACCCUGACGACCCACAAGAGGACCCACACGGGGGAGAAGCCAUACUCGUGCGCCGACUGCGGGAAGAGCUUCAGCGACCGGUCGUCCCUCAUCGCGCACAACCGGACUCACACGGGCGAAAAGCCCUACAAAUGCUCCGAGUGCGGGAAGAGCUUCAGUCACCAGUCGACCCUCAUUCGACACGAGAGGAUCCAUAACGGGGACAAGACUCUGAAGUGUUUGGAAGCCGGGAAAAACGCAGUCUCCGUCUUGGGGGCAGAUAAGAGACCCCGCUUGGGGGACAAGCCCCCAGUGCCGUGGACCAAUUCUGUGAGUUGGGGGGAGCCUCUGUCUCUGAGCCUCAGCAAUGCCCCUUCUGAAAAAUGAAAAUAUAAUCUCCAUCAGAGGGUUGUUUGGAAUAAAAUAAAAUUAAAAUAAAAAAAGGUAAAUAAAAUAAAGAUGAUGAAGCAUUUUGGAAAACGAAAAGGGUGCUUGUAGUCUAUUUUUUUUGCAGAUUUCACCCUGCUAGUUUGCUAGCAGUUAUUUGGACACUUAAAGGUAAAAGGACCCCUGAUCAUUAGGUCUAGUCGUGGCCAACUCUGGGGUUGCGGCGCUUAUCUCGCUUUAUUGGCCGAGGGAGCCGGCGUACAGCUUCCGGGUCAUGUGGCCAGCAUGACUAAGCCGCUUCUGGCGAACCAGAGCAGCGCACGGAAACACCGUUCCGAGCAACAGGAGCUCACCCCAUCGCGGGGAUUCGAACCACUGACCUUCUGAUCGGCAAGUCCUAGGCUCUGUGGUUUAACCCACAGCACCACCCGCAUCCCAUUUGGACACUUACUUUAUGGUAAACUUUAUGGUGACAGUAGUUUUUCAAAUAGAUUGUAAAAUAAAGAUGGUCUUCCUCAGGACUUUUGCAGUUGUCUUGUAAUUUUUAUAGCAGAGAUGGGAAACCUGCUGUGGCCCUGCAAAUGUUUGGGCAGAUUCGCACCAGAUGCACAUGAUUUGCUGCAAAGAAUCCUGGUUACUGCCUUUUUUAAGGGGGCUGGGAAUUGUAGCUCUGAGGGGAAAACUACAGUCCUGAGAAUUAUUUGGGACUGGUGCUCAUUAGGACUGGUAGGGCUAAUGGCAGGGAGACCAACAGUAGGUGGUGCCAGAGAGCCAGCGACAGGCAGACCCAACUACAGUUCUAGUUGUCACAGAAUCAUAGAGUUGGAAGUGACCCCAAGGGUCAACUAAAUAGAGAUUUUGUCCCAAUCCUCUUCCCUGCAGAUCUGCAUACUGAUGGCUUGUCUAGUCUAGCAUCCUUUGGACAACCAGAAGCCUCAAUGGGAAGCCGCCACCCCGCCCCCACCAGCAGGACCUUGUAUUCAAAGGCAUAUACAACCUCUGACAACGGAAGAAGAACCUAGCUGUCAGGUGUCUUAUCUGUUGAUAGCCUUACCCUCCAUGAAUUUGUCUAACUUCCUUUCAAGAGGGCCUUCUUGGUAGUGGCUCCCGCCCUGUGGAACACCCUCCCAUCAGAUGUCAAGGAAAUAAACAACUCUCUGACUUUUAGAAGACAUCUGAAGGCAGCCAUGUUUAGGGAAGUUUUUAAUGUUUGAUUGUGCUUUUAAGAGUCUGUUGGGAGUCUGUUUGGCUGGGGAAACCCACUCAGAUGGGAGGGGUAUAAAUAAUAAAUGAUGAUUAUGGUGAUGAUGAUGUUGGUGGCCAUCACCGCCUCUUGUGGCAGUGAGUUCCACAGUUUAUGCCCUGCGUGAAGAAGUCCCUCCUUUUGUUAGUGGAUCCAUGCUGUACUGUUAAAGCACACCCAAUGCACCUUUAAAAAAACACAACUCCUGCUCCCCGCCCCCAACAAUCCUGGGAACUGUAGCUUCACCCUGGCAGAGCCCCAAAUUAAAUUAAAAACUAAUUUAAAUUUAAGAAAUAAAUUAAAAAGCCUCUAAUUAAAAUGCACCUUUCCCCAUAGGGGAGCUAUAUAUAAUUCUAUAAAGCAAGGAUUUCCCAGACUGGUCCUUGGAGGUUUACGCCCUCAUAUUGAAGCUAAGGUGAGCAGAUGCACGAAGGAGUUAAAGCUAACGAGUCGAUGCCCAGAGGGGCUAGAUUUUUUAGGCGAGGAGGGAAGGCUGGCGGCGAGCAACCCGUGAGGUCAUUUCCUGUUCCGCCUACCGUGGGAAAGUAGCGUUUGAAUUUCCCACGCGGGGCAGGCGCAGCUGGAUUCUGGUUUCCCUCCUUCUUGGAGCUCCGGUGAGUCGAGGCGGAGGGCGGGGAAGGCUAGUAGAGGGGAAAAGACGAGCCCAGAGGAAACUGCAUGGGAUGAGGGCAGGAGGCGGCAAGUCAGAUGGGAGGACAGGACGUGAAGGAAGUUGCAUUAUGGCAUUGCAGAGGUGGAAGGGACACCGAGGGUCAUCUAGUCCAGUGUUUCCCAACCUUUGGUCUCCAGCUAUUUAUGGACUACAGUUCCCAUCAUCCCUGACCACUGGGUCUUGCUAGCUAGGGAUGAUGGGAGUUGUAGUCCAAAAACAGCUGGAGGCCAAAGGUUGGGAAACACAGAUCUAGUCCAACCCCCUGCAAUGCAGGAAUCCAGGACAGAUGGCCUGCCAACCUCCGCUUGAAAGGUUGCUGGCAAGGAGAGAAGAGUUCAGACUCUGCCCCCUUCUCUCCCUCAGCCUGUGUUGUUUGCAUUAGCUCCGUACUACGUGCCGUUGGUCCACCCUUUGGGAAGUUUAUCCCUUGAGAGUCUGGGCUCUGAUGUUGACUAUGUUCCCCUAGAUGCUCAAAUAGGAAAGCGGGAAAGGGGGUUAGGAAGCCCAGAGGCUACACUGAUGGACAGUGGCUCUCUGGGGUUUCCUAUUCACAAAAGAAGAACUUUUUCACACAAUGCAUGCAUGCAAAAAUAAAUAAAUAAAUAAAUAACUGACAGGCAGGGUACCUGCCUGUCAGGUGUUGGUGUGGUUGCUCGAGAGCAAACAGGCAAGACUCCAACCUGUCUUUUCCAGGCUUUAUUAUCUGUACAAACUAUUUUACAGUGCAGAGCGUCACAAGUCCAUGUCUGCUCAGUCGCUAGCAGAAUCUGGGAGUGGGCGGUCCUUAUACCUUCCCCAGCAUAACAGUCGUGGGACCCCCAUCCUUCUCCUCCUCUCUGUGCGCGCAAACCCACUGCGCAACGUGGGCGCUGGCAAAGGGGGACUUACCUCCCCUCCACUUUGCUCAGGCUUGGUGUUGAGGCUCUCCCUAGCAUCUUCUGAUCCCUGCGCCCCUUCCCCACUGGAGGCGGGGCUUCCCUCCUCGCCAGAGGAACAACUGCUUCACAAGACCUUCGGAGGCUCCCUGUAACACAACUUCUCUUCCACCUCUCGCCUCUGAGCUGAUGGCAGUUCCCUGACACCGCCCUUCCCGGUUCAGAAAACUGGGCUCAGGGUGGCUAACAACCAAUUUAAAACACUUAAUUGAUGCAACAAAAAACACCUUAAAAUACAGUAUAAAACGUGAAUAACAAUAAAUUCAGAAUUCAAAAAUCAAUUUAGGGGGAAAAUCCAUCCAAUAAACAUUAGAUGACAUUAGCAGACCUAUGGAACUCACUCCCACAGGUCUCAGCGAUAGCCGCCAAUUUGGGGGCUUUAAAAGAGGAUUAUACAAAAUGACGGAGGUUAUAAAUGGCUGCUCAACUAUGCUGUGCUUCCACAGCUGGGAGGCAGCAAUACCAGUUGCUGGAAUACCAGUUCUGGAUACCAGUUGUUGGAAACCACAGGAGGGGAGAGAGCUCUUGUGCUCGAAUCCUGCUUGCUGGUCUGGUUGGCCACUGUGAGAACAGGACGCUGGACUAAACGGAGCAUUGGCCUGAUCCAGCAGGCUCUUCGUAUGUUCUUAGGACAACAGAGGCUGAGUUACUUGACCAGAUCAACCAAUGUUUUGACUCUGGAAAACAGCUUCAUAUACUGCACUUAAUCUGUUUACCAGAAGUAGGGAACUAUGAACCUACAGAUGUUGUUGGUUUGCAGCUCCCCUCAGCACCAGCCAGCAUGCCCAGUAGUCGAGGAUGAUGCGAUUUGUAGUCACACAACCACCAGCGCUCUUUGGAUCUGGUGGGCCAGGGUUCAAAUGCCCAUUCAGCCAUGAAGCCUACUGGGUGGCCUACCUCACAGGGUUGCUGCGGUGAUGAAACAGGGGCAGAAUCAAAGGUUUGAGACAUCCUGGUCUAAAUAUUGCCAACUGACUCUUUCUCUUUCCGCAGGGAGGGAAGAAAACCUUGUUAGUCAGGGAGGUUGAAUUUCACCCCUUAGAAACACACACACGUUGUUGUUAAACAGCAGUGCUGUUUUUCAGGUUGGCUUUGGUCUGGGAGAAGGAGAGGGAAAAUGGCGAACGAAGGAGGGGGUUCAGCUAGCGGCGUCCGGGUUCAAACUGUGGUGAAGAAGCGGGUGAAAAGAGAGGAGGAGGGCGGAGGAGAAGAAUCGCGGCUUGACUCGAGAGAAGACCCACUUGCUAUCCGGAGUGAGCAUAGAAAACAAUUCUGGGUGAGAGCCAGACUGCAUGAGAUCGCAAAGGAAAACUGUAAGGGACCACAGCCACACAGGGAGGCCCAACUGCAGGAGUUCCUGAGGAAAGUGGAGUCUCUCCACUCGAGAGAGGACAACCCACAGCCAUUGAUGCUGCAGCUUCCCAUUUCAAGGGAUGGUUUUCUGUCCUCUACCGGCAACGCAGCUGAUAUUGGUUGGCAGGAAAUAGGAGAGAAGACUGUGAGCCGAAUGAUGCCAGGCUUCUGCAGGGGAGGCCAAUGGUCUGAGAGCGGCCUCUUGGGCGAAGGCAAGGCCAGCCACAGGGAAGUGAAGGAAGAGAUUCCGGAUGAGGAGUUGGCCGACCCGGACACCCUGCGGCAGAUCUUCCGGCGAUUCCCCUAUCUGGAAGGUGACGACCCCCGCGAGGUUUGCCAAAGGCUCCGAGAACUUUGCCACCAGUGGCUGAAGCCGGAGAGAAGCAGCAAGGAGCAGAUCCUGGAGCUGGUGAUCCUGGAGCAGUUCCUGGCUGUCUUGCCCUUGGAGACGCAGGGCUGGGUCACGGAACAAGGCCCAGAGACUUGUGCCCAGGCUGUGUUGCUGGUGGAAAACGCCUUACUUAUGCAGCAAGAAGGCAAGAGACAGGAAGCUCAGGUGAGAGAUUGGAAGUUGCUCAUUUCUGAAGAGUUUUCAAAUACAUAUGGCCUAGUCAGAACAUGAAUGGGAGAAAUAAGGUAUAGAGGGCAGACGGGGAGAUGUUCUCAGAGUGGCCAAACAGAUGUCCAUGAGAACAGUAGAAGCCUAGUGCAACAAUGGUCUUCAUGAUUGUGAUUCCCUAAGUAAGUGGUAUUCAGAGAAACAGUGUUAGAAACACUGAUAUAUAAGCUAAUCGUCAAAUGGCACCUUAAACCUAGGUUGUGGUCACCACAAUGGAAAGUCUAGGCGCCAUUUCCCCCUCAAUGGGAUUUGUUAUUAUUAUAUAUUCAUUUAAUUUCUAUACCACUUUAUAUUUUAAAGAAAAAAAUCUCAAAGCAGUUCACAGCACAUUGAAACAUCAAAUAAAACAGCCCAGAAGAAAAUAAAUUUAAGCUUCAAUGAAAGUAUUUCAGAUCCUUCUGUAAGUGACAUUUUGCUUUCCCCAUAUUUAUGGACCGACUUAAUUUAUAGAGAUGCCCCAUAGCAGAAGAACUCUGGGAAGCCAGUGUGGUGUGGUAGUUAGAAUGUCAGACUAGGAGCUGAGAGAUCAGGGUUCAAAUCCCCACUCAGUCAUGAAGCUCGAUGGGUGACCUUGGGCCAGUCACAGCCCCUUAGCCUACCUUACAGGGACGUUGUAGGGAUUCACUGAAGAGGGGAGGUGAACCAUAGACUCCUUGGAGAAAAAGGUGGGAGACAAAUGCAAUAAAUGAGCUCUUCUGCUUAGCUGCUUAAGAAAGCUGGAAGGGGCCAGCCAGGUGGAGGUGUCACUAGCCAACCUGGCAUACAGAAAUCUCCACAUGGUCGCAAUUGGACCUGUGCCAGUUGUAAAAUGUGCCUGGUGAAUUUCAACUACAGUCAUACCUUGGAAGUCGAACGAAAUCCAUUCCAUAAGUCCGUACAACUUCCAAAACAUUCAAAAACCAAAGUGCAGCUUCUGAUUGGCUGCAGGAAGCUCCUGAAGCCAAUCAGAAGCUGCAGAAGCCCCGACAGACAUUCAGCUUCCAAAAAUCAUUCGAAAACUGGAACACUCACUUUCAGGUUUUGAUCGUUCGGGAGCCAAUUUGUUCAGGAGCCAAGGCGUUCGAGAUCCAAGGUACGACUGUACAGUGGUACCUCGGGUUAAGUACUUAAUUCGUUCUGGAGGUCUGUUCUUAACCUGAAACUGUUCUUAACCUGAAGCACCACUUUAGCUAAUGGGGGCUCCUGCUGCUGCCGUGCGAUUUCUGUUCUCAUCCUGAAGCAAAGUUUUUAACCUGAAGCAGUAUUUCUGGGUUAGCGGAGUCUGUAACCUGAAGCACAUGUAACCUGAAGCGUAUGUAACCUGAGGUACCACUGUACUGCAGAGGAGUAUCCUUGCCUGCAACAGCAGCUAUUGUGAUUAGUAGUCACCAGCAGACUUAUCCUACCUGAAUUUAAGAACCUGCAGAAGGCCUUGCGCCUGAAUCAGGCCAAAGGCCUACCUAGUCCACCAUCCUCUUCCUACAGUGACCAACCAUAGGAGCAGAACCAGAGCACAAUACAAAUAGAAGAAGAAGAAGAAGAGUUUGGAUUUGAUAUCCCGCCUUUCACUCCCUUUAAGGAGUCUCAAAGCGGCUAACAUUCUCCUUUCCCUUCCUCACCCACAACAAACACUCUGUGAGGUGAGUGGGGCUGAGAGACUUCAAAGAAGUGUGACUGGCCCAAGGUCACCCAGCAGCUGCAUGUGGAGGAGCAGGGAAGCAAACCCGGUUCACCAGAUUGCGAGUCUACAGCUCUUAACCACUACACCACACUAGCUCUCAACCUGCAGUUUGUAGCAACUGGUAUUCGGUGGCAUCGCUCCUUCCGCCAUUGAGAACAGCAGCCAUUGAUAGUCGUCUCUUCCCUGCAUUUGUCUAGUCCUCUCUUAAAGCUACCCAAUUUAGUGGCCAUCCCUGACUCUUGUGGCCGGGAGUUCUGUAGUUCAGCCCUGUGCUAAAGAAGUCCUUCCUUUUGCCUGCCCUGGAUCUCCUAACUUUCUGCCUCAUUGUGGUUCCCGCCCCCUGGGGUUCUGGCAUUACGAGAGAGGGAGGGGAACCCUGCCUUCUGGGACUGCCCUCUCCAGGCCUUGGGCCUGUUCCCUGAAUGGGAUCCUCACUUGUUCUUUUUUAAAAAAAAUUAUUGGAAAUUUUAUUUACAGCAUAACAUAACCCCCCCACCCCCUAGUACAGAAAUACAAUAAGCAUAACAUACAACCAUACAAACAACCAAAUAAAAGACUUCCUCUAUCCCGUAUCUGGCCUCCUUAUUUACUUCUUAUAAGCUGUUUCCUUUAUGAAUAAUUAUUAAGAUUUUUCUAAUUAUAACUUAAAUAUCCACAAAGUCUCCUGCAGACAUUAAUCGAAACAAGUCCAGGUAUGUAUUUAGGGCACUGUUUUCUGAAGUAUUCUCUGCAUUUCCCCCAUGCUUUUUGAAACUCUUGCCUCACUUGUUCUUCCAGGUACCGGAGCUUUGCAAAGCAGAGAAGGCGCUUCUAUCUGAGGCCAAGGAGGAUCAGGGGGACACCUGGCAGGGGCUGGUUUGCAUCAAGGAGGAGGACGAGAGUGCGAGUGCCAUUUCCUUGGGUAAGAAUUUGCUGUGGCUGGGAUGGGAGAAUUGCUCUGUUGCCUUAGACCCUUUCUCCGGUCAAAAUGAGGAAGAACAUCCAAUUGACUCUGGUGAAUUUUCCUAACUCUCAGAAAAGAACUUACAUUAUUUGGAUGCUCUUUUGCACGUAUUGCCUAAACACCAUUUUCUAAGGCAGCCCUGUUUAGGGAAAUUUUUAAUAUUUGAUUGCUGGGGAGGCCCAGCCAGAUGGAUGGGAUAUAAGUAAUAAAUUAUAUUAUUAUUAUUAUUAUUAUUAUUAUUAUUAUUAUUAUUAUUACCUCUUGUUUAGUUUAGCCUGCUUCUUGAUGUUCUUUCUCCCCUUGAUACAUGGAAUGACUCAUGUUGGGAAUCUCUCUUUAUGCCCCUAGGCAAUGAGAGGACAUGGGAGAUGGAGCAACAUCGGCCAGAACAUUGUGGAGUGGUGGAAUUGCUGGGAUGUACCAAACAGAACAUUCCUCACUGUCCUGUUUGGGGGGAAAGCUCUGGAAACCCACAGCAGAAUCCCCUAGUGAGGAAAGAGGAUGAAGUUGCUCAGUGCAGGCCUGUCUUUAGACAGAAGCCUCACCUGACUUUGCACGAAAGCCCCCAUUCAGGAGAGAAGCCAUUCAGCUGCUCAGCUUGUGGGAAGAGUUUCAGUCGCCGCUCCAACCUUGUCAUACAUCAGAGAAUGCACACAGGGGAAAGGCCGUACAAGUGUCUGAACCGUGAGAAGAGCUUCAGCCACCGCUCCAACCUCAGCGCCCACGAGGCAGUCCACACCAGAGAGAAGCCCUAUAAGUGCACCGACUGUGCGAAGAGCUUCAGCCACCAGUCGCACCUCAUCGCUCAUCGGAGAAUCCACACGGGAGAGAAGCCUCAUAAGUGCUCGGACUGUGGGAAAAGCUUCAGUAAUCCGUCGCAUCUCAAAGCCCACCGGAGGGUCCAUACAGGAGAGAGACCCUACGCGUGCUCCGAGUGCGGGAAGAGCUUCAACCAGAGAUCCAUCCUUAUUGUUCAUGCAAGGACCCACACGGGAGUGAAGCCGUACACGUGCGCCGCCUGUGGGAAAAGCUUCAGCCAGAGCGCAAACCUUACAGCUCACGAGAGAAUCCAUACCACACGGACCUUCCAUUAUGCAACAGAGCUCUCUGAGGAAAGGAACUGUCUCAGUACCAUAAACAUGGCAACAACCUCAGUUGGGGAGGCCACAUAG